CCACCGAAAUCUCCGGCGGAGAUGGUGAGACCAGCGAGAGACGCCAUUCAGUCUUACAUGAGUAUCACCGGCGCUUCCGAGUCACUCGCGAUUCAGAGACUUGAGGAACAUGGCGAUAAUCUCACUGAAGCGAUCAAUGCCCACUUCAGGGAUGUGGAAAUGAGCAUACUUGGUCCAAGCUUAGACAGUCGUCCAGAGUACAAUGCAGUGGAAGACAACAGUCAGGUUCGUGGUACCGAGUCUAGGCCAGCCCCAGGCGGGCUUCCCUCUUUCCUCUCGGCGGCUCGGUCUUUCAGACCGUCGUUGCUUCUAGAUCCCAAUUACAGGAGAAGUAUCCUCAGGCAGAUCAGUGGCUCUGCUUCCUCUGGAAACCUUUCUCCGUCAUCUCACACAGGUGAGGUCACAGGGUUCCCUGCUCACUCUACCUGGGGUAAUGAUCAGAUUCGUCCUCCUGGAUAUGGAGACGGUUACGCUAGGCAUUCUUCAGGCCAUGGUGGAACACAUGGGGAUGAUGAGUCACCUGUCUAUAGCAACGAUGCAGAAGAUGAAAUGAUCAGAGCUGCCAUUGAGGCUUCGAAGAAGGAUUUUCAAGAGGGUCGUCACAACACAAGAUCUAGUCUGGACAAUCAGGAUCCAUCUAGCGUUUUAUCUCAGAGAGAGGUUAUUAACAGGGAAGACGAGGACAUUGCCCGUGCGAUCUCCAUGUCCUUAGAGAUGGAAGAGCAAGAGAAUGCGUUGCGGGAGCAACUAGCCGAACUUGUGCCUCACUCCGUGGAGCACCACGACCCAUGUCAGUCCAACACGAAUGAAAGUAGCAGAUAUAAGCCCGGGAGCUCUUCGGUGCAAGACAAGCGUGAAGACAUGAAACAAAAGCAGCCAAUUGCUACCAUCUCUCAGCACGGACAUGAAGCUUCUUAUCCUGAAGAGUGGGGUGGCAUUCCGUCAAAAGAGCUACAGGAGGCAAUAAUGCUGGAAAAGGCACUCUUUAGUGGAGUAGCUAAAGAGAGUGCUUCACAUAAUAAUCAGCCUGGAACUCACAUUGGAGAGGAACCUGAGAGAUCUUCCAUUACAAAGAAGGCAGCGCUUCCCAUCGAGCCAUCAGUCGAAAAUGAAGAUGCCAUCACUCUACUUGUUAAAUUUCCAGAUAGCAGCCGCCAUGGUCGUCGCUUUCUCAAAUCAGACAAGCUUCAGUACCUUUUUGACUUCAUAGAUGCUGCUGGAUUAGUCAAACCAGGCACAUAUAGAGUGGUCAGACCAUAUCCUCGUCGUGCUUUCAGCCUUCAAGACGGUGCCUUAACUUUUGAGGAACUCAGUCUCACCAACAAACAAGAAGCGUUGUUUCUGGAACUAAUGAUAUAG